GCUGAGUUCAUUUGCCCUCCAAACAGUAAGAGUGAGCCAUUCAAAACCAGGCAGUGUCUGAGAACCGAAGCCAGCAUGACCAGUGGUUUCUGUGUAUUUGUCCUAUUUUCCCUUGUACAUGUCUCACUGAGUGUGGAAAUGACAGGGUUAUAUGGCAACUUCACCUCCCCCAACUUCCCCCAGCCAUAUCCAGACAAGCAGCACAUCGUGUGGAACAUCACUGUCCCACAUGGCCACCGGAUCAAACUAUACUUCACCCACUUCAGCAUGGAGCCCUCAAACCAGUGUGAAUAUGACUACAUCCAGGUUUUUGCAGAGGGCAACGAAACCUUGCGGUUCUGCGGUGAGGAAGAGAAGAACUAUAAAAGCACCCCCCGGAACACCAUCAUCCUGUCAGCCGGGAACCUCAUGUCAGUGGUCUUUAGGAGUGACUACUCUAACGAGGGCCGAUUCACUGGCUUCCAAGCAUUUUACACCUCAGAAGACAUCAAUGAGUGUUUGUCCAAGGUAGAUGGCGAGAGAGUGUGUGAUCAUUUUUGCCACAAUUACAUCGGUGGCUAUUACUGCACAUGCAGGCAAGGGUACCUUCUGCAUGACAACAAAAGAUCUUGCACAGUGCCAUGCCAAAGCCAGGAGUUAAUGUCCCCAACUGGGGUUCUGACCAGUCCAGACUAUCCAAACCCUUAUCCACCCAUGAGCCAGUGUGACCACACGAUCCGCCUGCCAGAGGGCUCCAGAAUUAUCCUGGACUUCCUGGAGCCCUUUGACAUAGAGGGACACCCAGAUGUUCCCUGUCCAUAUGAUAUGUUGAAGAUUUCAACUACUGGACAAGAGUAUGGACCCUUCUGUGGCUCGACCUCACCCGGCCGCAUUGACACAGGAAGUUACCAAGUACGAAUACAAUUCAGGUCCGACUCUAGCGGGAAGAACAAAGGGUGGAAGAUCAAAUACACAAGCACUACAGCUAAAUCCAUCACUUUCAUUAUGAAAUGAUGAAGUGUUGGCUGAAACAUAUAACUAGUUUUUUCAGCUCUAUACAAAUGUUGAAAUCUGGAAAACUCUCCUACAGUCACUGUUGUAUUUUGCUUCAUUGUGUGUCUCUUGUACAAAUAAAACUAGAUUUAGAUUUAA